AUGUUCAAGCUCUCGCUCCUCUGGACUGCACCAGAGGUCAAUCCGAUCAACAAGAAAGCUCGCUCCAUCCCUCUGCUGAACCCACUUUCCGUACAUGGGCGUGUCUUCUUCUUCUCCUGGUUUGGCUUCUUCAUUGCUUUCUGGUCAUGGUAUGCCUUUCCACCGCUCCUUACGGAUGUCAUCGCAGCGGACAUCGACAUGUCCACGGAUCAGAUCAGGAUCAGCAACAUCAUAGCUUUGGUGGCCACACUUCUGGUACGACUGGCUUCGGGUCCCGCCUGCGACCGGUUUGGUCCCCGCUGGACCUUCGCUGGCUGUCUGUUUGUUGGCGCCAUUCCGACAUUCCUCAGCGGAACGGCGUACAAUGUUGAGCAGCUAUAUGCUCUGCGUUUCUUCAUUGGUAUCCUUGGUGGGAGCUUUGUGCCCUGUCAGGUCUGGACGACGGGCUUCUACGACAAGAACGUCGUCGGCACAGCGAACUCCCUCACUGCAGGAUUCGGGAAUGCUGGAGGAGGCGUAACGUACUUUGCGAUGCCUGCAAUCUACAACUCGCUCGUGAGCAAUGGCUUGAGUACCCAUACCGCAUGGAGGGUAUCAUAUAUCGUGCCUGGGAUUCUCAUAUGUGCCGUGGCUACUUUUCUGGUCCUCCUUUGCCCAGAUACACCUACUGGAAAGUGGUCGGAUCGCGUACAGUCGGCAGAAAACAAUCUCCGGCAACACAGCGUCAGUGGCCAGGUGGUUGACAUACCUGGGCAGGUUACAGAAGAGAAGAAGAAUCUUGCCAAUGGCGGCACCGAAUCUCCAUCCGCGCUUUCAGACGAUGAGAAGAAGCUCGACAACAAGCGUGGGACGUUCGAUAACAACGAAGCCCAGCUGGGCGACCAGCAGAUGCUCGACACAGCCCUUGGCGAAGUCAUCCAAAAACCUUCGUUCGGAGAAAUCUUCAAGGUCAUAUGCUCGCCCCAGACAUUCGUCACCGGAGCCUGCUAUUUCUGCAGCUUUGGCUCCGAGCUCAGCAUCAACAGCAUCCUCGGCACAUACUUUGGCACCAACUUUCCAGGACUCGGCCUGUCCGGUGCCGGUAGUUGGGCAGCCAUGUUCGGUCUCAUGAACGUCAUCUGUCGUCCGCUCGGUGGUCUGGUGUCGGACUAUGCGUACGGCAAGACGGGAAAUGUCUGGUCCAAGAAGAUCUUGCUCCACACCUACAGUAUUCUUGCUGGAGUCUUCUACAUCGCCCUCGGUGUCACCAAUCCCAUGAACCUGGGCACCUUCGUCGGCCUGAUCAACGUCGGGGCUGCGUUCUUCAUGGAAGGAUCGAAUGGUCUGAAUUACAGCUUGGUCCCACACGUGCACCCUUACGCCAACGGCGUGGUGUCUGGCUUCACAGGUGCAUGCGGCAACUUUGGCGGCAUCAUCUUCGCCAUCAUCUUCAUGAAGGUUGGCGACUAUGCGAAGAGUAUCUGGAUCAUUGGGGUGAUCAUGAUUGCGAUCAAUCUUGCCGUGUGCUGGAUCCCGCCGGUUCAGAAGUCAAAGGUCAUAGCAUCAUCCUAA